AUGUCUGGCGUCCUCACGCUCACGCCGGCUGCAUCGCCCUUCCCAUGGGCAGCGGCCGCCAUCUCCACAUAUACCAGCAAGGCUACAUUGAACUUCGACACCGCCGCCAAGGGUGUCACCCUCGAAAUUGACGGAUCCCAGAUCACCGCAGAGGAUGAGAUUGUGCAGGCUCUAGCCAAGGCUGGCGGCCUUGCCGACGACAGUGCAAAAACUGCCGCAUACUUUGCUUUGGCAAAGACCCUCCCUACAGUGACCGCGUUUCCGGAGAUCACUGCCGCGCUCGACUCUCUCGAUGACCAUCUCGCGUACCGCACGUUCCUCGUUGGGCACGAUAUCACGGCUGCCGAGUGGAUCGUCUGGGGAGCGCUGAAAGGUAGCGUGAAGAUUGUCGGUCUGCUCAAGAACAACAAGCACCCUCAUCUUCUUCGCUGGUUCAACCACCUCGAGUCGCUUGAGUCUACACAGCUAGCAAUCGCUGGUCUGACCGAGGCUAAGUCUGCGAAGGCUCGUAAUAAUAAGACUGCUGCGUCGUUUGCACUUGGUCUGCAAGAUGCGAAGGAGGGUCAGGUCGUUACGCGUUUCCCUCCUGAGCCCUCCGGUUACUUGCACAUCGGACAUGCGAAGGCCGCUAUGUUGAACCAAUACUUCGCAAAGAUGUACAAGGGCAAGAUGAUCAUCCGUUUCGACGACACGAACCCCAGCAAAGAGAGGACCGAGUUCGAGGAGACCAUUCUCGAGGAUCUCGCGCUUCUCGACGUCCAUGGGGACAGGAUCACACAUACGUCCGACUACUUCGAGGAACUUUAUAAUUACGCGCUCCAGGCCAUCAAGUCCGGCAAAGCCUAUGCGGACGACACCGAGCAGGAGCAGAUGCGCAAGGAGCGCUGGGACGGCAUCGCGUCCAAGCACCGCGACGACAGCGUCGAGGACAACCUGAAGCAUUUCGCUGAGAUGACCACCGGCUCCGCCGAGGGCAUCCGGUGGUGCCUGCGCGCGAAGAUGAGCGUGGACAACCCGAAUAAGGCUCUGCGCGACCCUGUUAUUUUCCGCACGAACCUGCUCCCCCAUCAUCGCACUGGUGACAAGUGGAAGGUGUAUCCAACGUACGACUUCGCCUGCCCCAUCGUCGACUCGCUCGAGGGUGUGACGCAUGCUCUGCGUACGAACGAGUACCGCGACCGCAAUCCCCAGUACCACUGGAUGAUCGAGGCGCUCAACCUCCGCCCAGUCAACAUCUGGGACUUCAGUCGUCUGAACUUCAUCUACACGCUCCUGUCCAAGCGCAAGUUGCACUGGUUCGUAGACACCGGCCUCGUGCGGGGGUGGGACGACCCCCGCUUCCCGACCGUGCGCGGCAUCCGCCGCCGCGGCCUCACCAUCGAGGCGCUCCGUCAAUUCAUGCUCGCGCAAGGCCCCUCGCAGGCGGUCGUCUCGCUCGAGUGGGACUCGCUCUGGACGCUGAACAAGAAGGUCAUCGACCCUGUCGCGCCCCGCUUCUGGGCCCUAUCAGAGACGAACAUCGUGCCCGUGACGGUCAAGGGCGGCCCUGAGACGGCAGAAAUUAAGAGCCUGCCGAAACAUAAGAAGAACCCUGAGGUCGGCGAGAAGCAGACGGUGUACUCGUCGCAAAUCUUCAUUGAGCAGGAGGACGCGAUCUCGCUCGAGGACAACGAGGAGUUCACGCUCAUGGACUGGGGUAAUGCGAUCGUGCGGUCCAAGACCGUUGACGCGUCGGGCAUCAUCACCGGGCUCGAGCUCGACCUGCACCUCGCGGGCGACUUCCGCAAGACGAAGAAGAAGAUCACCUGGCUCGCGCAGCCAACAUCCGCCGCACCACUCAUCGACGUCACGCUGCUCGACUACGACUACCUCAUCACGAAGAAGAAGCUCGAGGAGGCGGACGCGGUGAAAGACUUCGUCACGCCCGUUACCGAGUUCCGCGAGCUCGCGCGGGCAGACGCGAACGUGCGCACGCUUGUGAAGAGCGACAUCAUCCAAUUCGAGCGCAAGGGGUACUACAUCUUCGACGGCGUCAGCAAGGAGGACGGCCGGCUGGAGUUCAUCCGCAUUCCGGAUGGGCGCGCGGCGAGCAUUGCAAGCAAGGCCGCGCCACAGACAGGCGCGGCGACGCCCGUACCCAAGGGGGCAGCGACGCCCGUGGGGGCGCCGGCCCAGAAGGCGGAAGCGGACGAGCAGCGCGGGCAGUUGUCGUCACUGGAGACGCCAGUGGACACGAAGAUGUACAAGGUGGGCGUGGUGUAUGGGGAGGGGGAGGUCCCGACGCCGGCAGACACGAAGAUGUACAAGGUGCAGAGCGUGUAUGGCGUGAAGCCCGAGAGCGCGUAGGGGGUGAUUGGGGCCAGAAGGAAACCAUAGUAAAUGUACUGUAGAAAUGCUCUGGGUGUAUGUGAUAUCUGUAGAAUGUUCCCGUUGUCGAUGGU